GCAGCAACAGUGUGGUGCUCUGGGUCUCCAGCUCUGCCUGGCAGAUGAAAUCUCCAGCUCACUGAAUAUCUGCAGGACAGAUUUUUCAUGUUCUUCUGUAAAUGAAUGCUGCCUAACUGCACCAGGAAAAUGGGCACAGGGGAUUAUCUCUGCAUUGCUAUGAGUGGAGGGGCGCCUUGGGGCUUUAGAUUGCAAGGUGGCAAGGAGCAAAAGCAGCCUUUACAAAUCGCCAAGGUUCGCAGCAAGAGCAAAGCAGCUAAGGCUGGACUGUGUGAGGGAGAUGAGGUGGUGUCAAUCAAUGGCAAGCCUUGUGGAGACUUAACGUAUGCUGAAGUGAUUGUUCUGAUGGAAAGCCUGACUGACGUCCUGCAGAUGCUUAUCAAGAGAUCCUCCAGUGGGAUAAAUGAAACCUUGAGUGCUGAAAGAGAAAAUGGAAAGCAAGAUAACAUAAAAAAUGAGGACUAUAGGGAGAGUGCUACACUGCAAAUUAACACAGCGAAAGAGAUACUCCAUGGAGAUUUAUGCAUCACAGAGAUAUACAGUGAGACUCACCAGGGAGCAGGAGACAGCAACACACACUUUUCUGCAACAAAACAAGAGACCACACAAAGCCACAGAAUUACUCCUAAAGUGAUAGGCACCUCUAAACCACUUGUGACAGAUGAGGCUGCUUUCAGAGGGAAGACAGAAGAAAGAAGGCCAGGUACUAUGGUUGAGCUGCAGUUGUCACUCUCGAAUGAUGCGCACAAGGGCACCAAUGCUCCUGCUGUGACUCUCUUGGGAACAGAAAAAUGCACCUCUUCAGGAAGAGGACAUAGUGUACUAGAUGAUGGGACUAGCCCUGUAAUUUCCAUUCCCCUGGGCACGAAAGAAGGCAACAUCCAGUGGUCAAGCAAAGUAGUCCAGUUUUCCAGUAGCAAAGAGAUCAAGAGGAUCCAAGGUGCAGAUCCAUCUCUCCCCAGGGUUGAGGUGAUCCUAGACUGUUCAAACAGGGACAAGGAAGCACCCAGGUCUCUAGCUGAAAGGGGGUGUGUUGAUUCUCAAGUGGAAGGAGGGCAGUCAGAAGCACCUCCUUCCCUUCUCUCCUUUGCAAUCUCAUCAGAAGGCACAGAGCAGAGAGAAGACGACCAGCAUUCGGGAAAGGAUCACAGACCUCACAAGCACAGGGCAAGGCACGCAAGGCUCCGGAGAAGUGAGAGUCUGUCAGAGAAACAGGUCAAAGAAGCCAAAUCUAAAUGUAAAAGUAUUGCAUUGCUGCUGACAGCAGCUCCCAAUCCCAAUUCCAAAGGGGUGUUGAUGUUCAAGAAGCGUCGUCAAAGGGCAAGGAAAUAUACUUUAGUCAGCUACGGUACCGGGGAGUUAGAACGUGACGAAGACGAGGGUGAAGAAGGUGAAGGUGAAGAGGGGGACAAAGAAAACACUUUUGAAGUGAGUUUGGUUGCAACAAGCGAGUCAGAAAUAGAUGAAGAUUUCUUCUCUGACACUGAGAACGACGGUAAGAUUGUGACGUUUGACUGGGAUAGUGGUCUACUUGAGGUUGAGAAGAAGAUAAAAAGUGGAGAGGAGAUGCAAACACUUCCAGAGAGCACAGGUAAAGGGGCCCUCAUGUUUGCCAAGAGAAGGCAGAGGAUGGAUCAGAUUACAGCUGAGCAAGAGGAGAUGAAGGCAAGUACAGUGCAUACAGAGGAAAAAAGGGAAGCCACCAUGUCUGACAGCUACCAGAAGGUAAGCUCUUCAGUCUAUCAAACAAAACAGGAAGAAAUGUCAAGACAGCAGACCUGUGUGAGCAAAAGUUACACAAACGUGAGCCAGAAUCAUAGUAAAAUGAUACAACAAAAUGGUUUUGGCUUAGCUCCAGACACAAACCUCUCUUUUCAACCCGCUGAAGCCCAAAAAGCAGCAUCUUUGAAUAAAACAGCUAAACCCUUCCCUUCUGGGGUUCAAAACCGAGCAGCUGCACCGUUUUCACCCAUAAGAAAUGUCACUAGUCCUCUUUCAGAUAUACCAGCCCCACCUCCUUACUGCUCUAUUAGCCCACCACCUGAGGCUUUAUACAGACCUGUUUCAGCUCCUAUAGCCAGUAGAUCUGCCCCAACUGUGUGGUCACUUACCGAGCCAACAGAACAUAUAGCAUCGAGAGAUGAAAGGAUUGCAGUGCCAGCCAAAAGAACUGGGAUACUGCAAGAGGCAAAGAGAAGAAGCACUUCAAAACCUAUGUUCACUUUCAAAGAAGCACCCAAAGUAAGUCCUAAUCCUGCCCUAUUGUCCCUUGUACACAAUGCAGAGGGCAAAAAAGGUACUGGAGCUGGUUUUGAGUCAGGACCUGAAGAAGACUACCUCAGUUUGGGAGCAGAAGCUUGCAAUUUCAUGCAGACUCAAGCAUCUAAACAGAAGGCUCCUCCUCCUGUUGCUCCAAAGCCUUCACUCAAGGUCUCUCCUACUGCUGGUACUCCUGUUUCACCAGUUUGGUCACCUUCAGCUGUGGCUUCUAACAAGCCUCCUUCCUUCCCAGCACCAGUCUCACCUCAGGCAGCAUAUCCUCCACCACUCAAAUCUCCACAGUAUCCUCAUUCUUCUGUCCAUCCCCCAAGUACUCUCAACCUAGCUGGUCCUUUCAAAGGGCCUCAGGCAACGCUAGCGAGUCCAAACCAUACACCCAAGACACCAGUCACACCAAGUGCUGGAGAAACAAAGCCACCCUUUGAGAUGCCACCAGCUAUGAGUGGAAAAGGAGCACAGUUAUUUGCGAGAAGGCACUCCCGAAUGGAGAAAUAUGUGGUAGAUUCAGAGACUGUGCAGGCAAACAUGGCACGAGCCUCAUCUCCAACUCCAUCUUUACCAGCCUCUUGGAAAUAUUCAUCUAAUGUCCGAGCACCUCCACCUGUUGCUUAUAAUCCCAUCCACUGCCCAUCUUAUCCUCCUGGUGCUAUUAAGCCUUCCUCUAAGUCCACUGCUGCUAACAAAAACACAAAAAGAAAACCUAAGAAAAGUCUCAAUGCCUUGGAUAUUAUGAAACAUAAACCUUAUCAACUCGAUGCAUCUUUAUUUACUUUUCAACCUCCUAGUACUAAAGAAAAUCUUGCUAUUAAGCAGACAUCAAAGCUGUCCACUUCAAAGCAAGCUCUACCUUUCAGACCACCUAGUGCUGGCUCUCCUCCUCAUGGCCGGGCAUCUUCAGUGUACUCCGUGCCUGCCUACAGUUCACAACCCUCGUUCCAGUCAAAUGUCUCUAUCCCAGAUAAUGAAUCAUAUUCACCUACAAGCUACUCUGCAUUUUCUAAGCCAGGAACCACCACAUCCUCAUUGUUUACUGCUCCGAGGCCAAAAUUUUCAGCAAAGAAAGCUGGCGUCAUUGCACAGGGAAGAAGCAGUGGACGCUCAUUAUCACUUCCUGGGAGACCUUCUUCAUUCAUUUCUCCAGCCAUGUCUCCUACUUCUCCUCUUAUAUUUCAGCCUGCCCCUGAUUACUUCAGCAAGCCAGAUACAGCAGCUGACAAACCUGGCAAGAGACUGACUCCCUGGGAAGCAGCAGCAAGAUCUCCUCUUGGCUUAGUGGAUGAAGCUUUUGGGCCUCAAAAUAUGCAGGAGUCCAUUGCUGCUAAUGUAGUAUCAGCUGCUCGCAGGAAAAUACUUCCUGAGCCACCAGAUGAAUGGAAACAAAAAGUUUCUUAUGAGCCCCCAAGUGGUAGUGUAGCCUUAUUAGCGGGAAAGCAACCGGGUAAUGUAUCACACCCUAAAAGCUCCCUGUCUGCCCCAAGUGCUACCAUGAAGGCUGGAUCUCAGCUGAAGUAUGCUUACUGCAGUCAACGGUCCAGAACAGAUCCUGAUAUAAUGUCCAUGGAUUCCAGGUCUGACUAUUGCUUGUCAUCAGCUGAUUCAAACUACAAUCCACAGCCAAGGGGAUGGAGGCGUCCAACAUGAGCAGCUGAAGGGCCAGGCAUAUUUUCCCUUCUUCCAGCUUUACAAGCCUUAUAUUUGAGUUAGAGAAGGAAAGUUUCUUGUUAGCCUGACAAUCUCUGACCUAAAGAAAUCAGGUGACUGACUGGAGCACAGUUUUUAUAUGACUGCAGGGGUAGUAGCCUCUAGAAUAGACUCAGUUUUACAACUAAUCUAAGACUGUUCUAUUUGUCAAAAGGCAAAAAUACACAUUUCUUGGGGUGAAGAGUAGGAUGAAAAUGAGGCAAUCAAUGUGAUAGGUACAAAAAUAUAGAAAGAAUGUAGACAGAUAAAGUACAAAUGCUUGCAGUAAAGUUAAUGUGAAAAAAAAAGCAAAAUAAGGGCAUUUUAAAGACAAGAAAUAUUUUACAAUUUGUAGGUUUUCUGGGUAUGUUUCACAUCUGAGUUCCAAGGUACUAGAUAUAACCAGACUUGGGAAAAUCCUAAGGGAAGUGGAAUACUUGGAAGCACUGGCUUUUUUGCCAUAUAAUUUCUUUACUACAUUUAAAAAAUGAGCUAUGAAAGUUAAUUGAUGAGUAUUUUUACUGUGGCAACAGCUCAGAUACUUCCAUAGACAUGAUACCUGAAUACCUACAACUUGUAGAUAAGUGAGAUUUUAUGCAGUUAUCCAUUUCAGAUGGAUUUCCAGACAGUUUUGAUAGUUUGACAUAUGGUAAUUAAUCAAAAAAUCUGAACAUAACAGGAAGAAAGGUAUUAUUAAUAGAGAUCAGUACCAUGAUACUUGAACAACAAAAAGAAUGUGUAAAGUAUUUAGAGUGCUUUUAAACUGGAUUGCAAGAUAAUUUUGUAAUAAACUAUUGAACAAGCCAGAGGCUGAAAAGCCUUUAUUUCUCUGUGGAAUGCACUACUUCCAGAACAUUUACUGCUACAGCAUCUAGUAAUCUGACUGGCUGGGCAGUUAUUCUUAGUGUCUAGUUAGUUCUCUGUUUAGAAAGCUUUUGACUUGUAUUUUGUUUGGAAAACAUAGUUAAGUUGUUGAUCAAGAACAAUACCUGUUCUACACAGAAAUUGGUAUGUGAAAGAUGGUUUUAUGAAAUGUGUUCCAUGGUGUGAGUCUAGUAGAAGUAGCAAAUAUUUGGAUGGUUGGUUACAAUUAAACUAUUGAUGGAUCUGAGAGAUAGUAAAUAUUUUUUGCUGGUGAUAUCUUGCAUUUACAGCUUAUUCAAAUGAUAGAAACGUGUGGCUAAAAAUAUAUGUAUUCCAAGCUUACUGGGUAGUUUAGAUGGCAUUAAAGCAUUACAUGAAUAUCCCAAGUUUUACAAAGUGCUCUGCAUUCUCCUCAUUUUGUGGGGCAUUCUUCAAGGAUCUGUCAAGCAUCGUCCACUAAAAUUACUGUAGAAGCACUGUUAACUAUCCUUUAGUUUUAGGAAGGUGUCAACUUUGACUAAAGUGAUUAGAUUAGAAACACAGGCAGUAAGAAGAAGUAUAUUACAAAACAUCCCCAUCUGCAAAGAAUUUUCCAUUACAGAAAUUAUAAAAUAUAAUUUGUAAAAAGGCAAAAGUAAAAUUAACCCAAAGUUCAGUCAAGGGGAAACUUCCCAUAAGAGCAAAUAAUCACAUUAAAAAUAUACCCUUCAUGAGUUUAAGUUGGCAGUAAUUCUCUAGUCAAACAGAAGUCUUUCUGAAAUCAAGUGAUCCUUUUGAUCAAGCGAGAAAUGAAGACAUGGGAGUUGUAAACCUUUAAACUAGGAUCAUAUCGCUAUAGCACCUUACAAACUUAUUUUCCAAAAUAUGAAUUUACAAAGAAAAAGUGAUUUUGAAAAAUUAUAUUAACAAGGCUGCCAUGAUAUGCCUGAAAAGAAGCUUUGCACCUCAGUCAUACACGCACAUGAAAAGAGUAAAUUUUCCUGCCACACAGGCAAAAAUACAUUUCUCUCCACAAAGUCCUUUAAUGUCCCCUUUUAUCAUGACUGAGAAUAUUCCCACUGAAACCAAUGGGACUGUGGUAGCCCUAUUAGCCUUAAGGGCUUGUCUUUGAAUCCAGGCCUAUCUCCCUUAAACUAGAUUUCAAGUUUUCACUUAAUUUCAGUGAAACUAUAAUUCAAAGCCAUCAAGCUUUUAACUAUUCAAUGAAUAGUAGUGCAUGUGUAUUUCACAGAAGGCCUACAUUCUGAAAAUUGCACACUACUUAGAUAUUUUGAACUAUUGUCCCUAUUACCAUAAUAAAAUGCUUCCCUAUACCCAAGUCAAGUUCAGGGUUCCAUUUUGAACUGUAUAUUUAACAUUGUGAAACAGGAAGCCAGAUUAAUGAGUUUGCAUUAAGGCAUAUUUUUACCCAGUACAAUUAUUUUAAUUUUCAGAAUCAGAUACUGAACUUUUAAAUUCUCAUUAAAACUAAUGUUGUGAAUUUUAAGGUCAUAUAUGUACCAGAAGGAAAUGUGUGCUAAUUUUAAAUACAUGAAAUUAAAAUUUGUCAAAAGUAUUUUAAAAUUUUGAUGUUACAAAUGAAGUUACAAUACAAAGUGAUAUUAAAAACCCUUUCAUACUGUGAUUACAUAGUAAUACAGAAAAAUAGACUCUAGGAUCAUGCUCUAACCCCCUGCCCCAAAUAUGCAACAAGUACAAGCAUGUAAGAAUGACAGAAUCACUGGCUUUUUGUUAAUUUCCCAAGAAAAAAAACAAGUGUAGCCUUACAAUUUUAUCCUAUCCACAAGCAGGAAUUCAUCAUUAAGUACUUCUGUGAACAUGAGAAUUACUGAUGUUGAGUUUCAUGUGGCUUUAUAUCUAACCACAGAUUAACUUGUGUGUUUAUUUAACAUGACCUUCUGCAGAUUUUUUUUCCUCCUUCUGAGGAUUUACUAGCUCUUUUCCAUAUGGAUUCAUAUCUAAUAUGGAACAAGUUCACACUGCAUCAUUUCCCUCAAUAGCAACAUUGGUAAGUGUAUCCGUCCUCCACCCAGGCAUCUAUUUUUAUAAAGCCUGUGGGCAAUGGAUUGUCUUUGAGAUCUAUUCCACUGCCACUUAGAAAUGAAUCAAAUAAAUAGUUUUGAAGUUAUUAAUGGGAGGACAAACAUACACAUAUGCAUGCAGACAGAUAAUAUGGUCUUGUUUACCAAGGGAAUCAGGCUAAAAUGAGAUUGAGACAAUGUACUGAUUUCAAAGGAAGCAGCAGGCUCAGACUACUAAAUGACAUAUUAAUGCAUACAGAGCUUUACGAAGAAUCACAUGGUAUUUUUUUAGUUUUUAUUCUUCACCCUGUUUUUCCACUAGCAAAGCACCUUCCUAUCAAAUAGUGACUGUUGUGUGUGAGUUUUCAACAUAGUAAUGCAAGUAUUUCUUAAAUUUGUUUUUGAAUGCACAGUUCUACUCAAUAAAUGUGAGGAAAUAAUUCUCUUGAUAUUCUAAAUACGUUGGUUUUGUGUGUUCACCCUCAGAGGUAUCUCUGUUAAUAAGCAGAAUAUUUGAAUACACAAUAUAACUAAAAAUUUACUUAUGUUAGAUGAUGCUGUUCACAACUCUUGUUCAUAAUUUGUUUUCAUUUUGGUUUGCUUUAACACAACCCAGUAUCUAUUCACACUGCAUUUCUGCCUAGAAGCAAAAGACUGUAUUAUCUUUAUAAAAGGCUUUUCACUUCUAAAGACUUUUUGCUCACUGCAAAGUACACUUUAUCUGAGAGUGCAUGCCAGAGAUGUAAAUUGUAUCAUUUAAUAAAGUGAUUUGACCACUUAGAUGAGAAACACAAUUUCGUUUUCCCUAAAUUCUUAUCUGUUUGUUUAAAUAAUCUGAACCCAAGUAAAGCUUAAUCUCUUUUUUCUGUACCAUUUUUAGAUUCACUGGCUUUGCCUGUCGGUGACCUCGUGCUGAUAUGAGCUUCCAGAAGCUUAAAUCAACAUCAGGUCAAAUGGCAAACUUUUCAAAUUCAGUAGAAUUUCAUUUUCACGCUGACUAAGCAGAGGAAGGAAAUACAGUGAAGCACAAUCUACCUAGAUAAAAUAAUAUGGUAACAGCAGUUUUUACUGUUUGAACAUUUUCAUCCUCACUGUAAAAAUCUGCAACUAACAUUUACUUAUUAUAAUUACUUGUCUACCUUACAUGCAUCUAAACCUUUGUUUAGUUCAUAGAAUCAUAGAAUGGUAGUUCCUGUAGGUUUGUUCAUAAGGGCUAAUUUACUAUAUUAAUUUACUAAUAAGGGCUAAAUUACUCUUGUUUAUUCUUAAUUGAAGCAUACUAUUUAAAGAAGAAAUAAAUAUUGAUAACAAAUGUGAACCCAGUCUUUAGACUAUUCAGACUAUUUGGGUGAAUAGCUCUCAAGGAAAUAAGGACAGCAUGUA